GGCUAGGGUUUUAGAUCUCUGGAACCGCUUGUUGAGACAGAGGGUUUAGCGUGAAUAGCAGGAAUCAGCAAGAGAAAAAUGGCGUCCAACUCUGCGAGAAGUCUGUUUCAGAGAUCAACGGCGUCCGCUAGAUCCAUCAUGAGUCGCAACCGGACAGUCCAAUCGCCGCCGUCGUCAGUUGCUUCCAAGCAAUCCAACCUCGGCGGUCUGGCACCUUCAAAUCCUGCUGCUCCCUCUCGCUUCUCUCGCCGCCACAAUCUCUUCUUCUCCACCAGGCUACCUGUGGAGUUGAGUGGUGGAGAGUCGUUGAUACCUCUGCACUCUGCUACUGCUUCCGCUUUGCUCAGGUCUAUGUUAUCUGCAAAGGUUAGCCAAUGGGGUUGUGUCUCUGAAGGAGCCUGGGCCUGUUUCAAUUAUAUACACUGAAUUGCGAAGAACCAUGCACCCUGCCAAAGUCAGGUUCUUCUUUUUUGCGUAAAAAAUCUGAAGCUUGGAAGUUUUAACACAAUGGGAUUCUAUUCAAGGUCCAUGGUCUUUGAACUUGCCAAAAAAAAUAUAGCUCAUCUUUGUUAUGAAAUCUAAUUUUCAGCAUAUUUAUUUUUUAUUGUGGAAAAUGUAUUUUUGUGUAUCCCAAAACUUCAGAUCUAGUUUACUAUACAAUGAUGACAGAAAAAGAAAGAAUUACCCAGAUAAAAGAAUGAACUUGUAUUAAUUUUCUCUGUACAUAUAGGUGGUGUCAUUAUGUGCUUAACAUUAACUUUGAUAGAAAUAAUUUGUCUCUUGAUUAGUGAAGUUUUAUGUUAACCUAGAUCUCACCCUUUAUAUGAUCACUCAAACACUCAAACAAAAUCUCUCUCUAAUUCGCAAAUGAACAGCAAUCAGAAAACAAUCAAGAACCAAUCAAGACACACAAGAAUUUACCCUGGUUCGGUCUCAAUGAAAGACCUACAUCCAGCUUGGCUUUCGCCCCUACUUUCUCCACUAUCUUGAAUGAUAAUACAAGAUUACAAAGCACUCAAACUCAACUCUCACCUAGCCCAUAAAGCUGAAAGCUAUAUAGAGUUGAUACAAGAAAGAUAUACACUCUUCCUCACUGCUCAAUCUUACCUCAAGACAGUUUGCUAACCCGUGAAAGAAAGCAUAUCUAAAACCUUCCCUCUGGCCUCUAUAUAUAAGCAAUAGAGGGUGGAAAAGCCUCCUGACCGACUGCCCAAGACCGGCAGUUACAACCAACUCGGUCAGCCCUAGAAAAAUAAUAAAAUCUUUCUAGAAACGUAACAGCAGAAAUAUUACAUGAAAUAUCCCUAACAUUACAAGCCCUAAUCUAGAACAAAUGCUUUAACAUUUUAAUAUUCAAAUAACUGAACCAAUCAACUUGUACACAAAAUUGAACGUCCAUGUUUUUACUGGUCUCCCAUUGUCAAACUGGUCAAAUCUUUUACUAUCUGUUAGCGGUUUCUCUGAACAAUGAGCUCAGCAUAUAGGUUUCUAAAGUUUCAUGUGUCUACAUGGAGCCACAGAUUUAAGGAUGGGGGAAUAAUAUCUUCACCUCGUUGAGUGGGGUAAUGUAACGGUUAAGGGUUGAAACAACCAUGUGUCGGUUGUUCUAAACUAAGGGACGUAUGGUGAGACUAUCUUUUUAGAAUAUAUAAAACUGAGCAGCCAGGUCAGCCAACCAGAAGGAUUGUUUUGUGCAAUGCGAUUGACCAUUCAGUGUGGUCAAUGUUUUAUUUAUCAACUCUUGUUGAUAACCCUUCCUUAGAUUAAAGGUGGCAUCAAAUUCAAAUUGCAUAAUUAUAUCAAGGCUAAAAUCUACUAAAUUUCAAAAGUUUAUAAUUUGAGACAGUUAACUCCCUUGCAGUUCUAUUUUUGACCUAUAACACCCUUUGACAUAAUUUUUUUGCCAAAAAAAAUUAUAUUUACAUGCUGGUAAAAGAAAAUAACCACAAUGCCCCAAUUAAUCUUAAAACAAUUACACAAUUUUAUUAUUACAAAUCAAUUAAAAAUAAAAAUACCAAACUUACUCUUAAGUGGAGGGAAGUGGCGCCAAUUGAUGAUUUGAGAGGAAAACAGAGAGAAAAACUAGGAAAAUGUAACCACUAACCCAAAAAUAAAACAAGAAAAUUCAAACAUUUGAAAUUAGAAGCACAAAUACAGUGUUUGAAAAUUCAACCAAAACUGUAUUCGAGUAAAAAGACAAGAAAAUUCAAAUAAUUGUAUGUUUGAAAAUUCCAUCAAAAACCAUAUUUGCUGAGGGAAAAAAAGAAAAUUCAAUUCUUUGGAGACUACUUUAAUUCCAUGAUUCAAAGAUAAAAUGUAGACUAAUUUUCUUUUGUGAUUUAAGGAUGAAUUGAAUUUCGCUUAGAUUAUGAAUUAAUUAGCUUCUGCACUUCUUUGGAGAUAAAUUGGGAUUUUGCUUGGGAUUUGGGGACUAAUUAGGGUUAGUGGUUACAUUUUUUUUCACUUUUUCCCUAUUUUUACUUUUCAAAUUGGCAAUUAGCACCAUUUCCUCCAUUGAAGGGUAAGUUCAGUUUUUUUAUUUUUAAUUGAUUUGUAAUAAUAUAAUUGUGUAUAAUUGUUUAAGAUUAAUUGGGACAUUGUGGUCAUUUUUUUGGGCAUGUAAAUCUAGUUUUUUUUUUUUUCGUUUGGAAAUGAUGUCAAAAGGUUUUAUCAGUAAAAAAUAAAGCUACAAGGGGGUUAAGUACCCUAAGUUAUAAACUUUGAGGGGCUUAGUGGAGUUGUGGUUUCUCCUGAUUUUCUGGCUAUCUGUUAUUCAUAAGGUUGAACACUUAUGAAUUAUGGGAAUGCCUAUGUGUUUAAAAGUUGAAGUCAGAGAAAUUCACUUCUUGUUCUGUUUGUCUGAAUCCUAUAUGUUGUAUAUUUAUCAUGUUGUGAGCAUGAUUAACUUCAUUUUUUUCUGUUUCAUUUAGAUCUCUUAGGUGCACCAAAGUUAGGGAUUCUGUUUCUCAGAAAUGAAAUAGGAUUCACAGACUCCAUUAGAAAUUGGAUACCCAAUGCGAUAUUUUUGAAAGAAUCUUUGGACUCUUUUAGAAGGGGAAUGGUGCCAUAAUAUUUUCUGUCAUGCUGCAUUGAUCUGUUACGUAUUAUGCUUCAGAUAAGGCAAAGCAUGCAAAUGGUCUCUAGUUCUGACAUGUGAUGCUGCAGUUGUUGGCGAUUGAAAUUUUUGAAAGAUUUUAGGGUAUAUUGAGAAGAAAGUGCGGAUCAGUUCUUCAAGCACAUAUUAAAAAAAAAAAAAAAAAAAAACUUGUUGCUUGGUGUUAUGCUCUUUAUCAUCUGAACUUCAAAGAAUGUAUAUUUUCGAAUGACAUGGUGUUAUUUUCUUUCAUGCGG